AUGUCGUCCUCGCCAAUCCAAAAAGUCGCCCUUGCAGGCGCUUCAGGCCUCCUGGGAACGCCUAUGCUUCACGCACUUCUGGACGCAGGCUUCACAGUUACCGUCCUAACCCGCCACUCCAGCACCGCGACAUUCCCCUCCAGCGUAGCAAAAGUCGUCCAUGUCAACUACGAGAAACUGGAGGACCUCACACAAGCCUUGCAAGGCCAAGACGCCCUCGUCUCCACCCUAACAACAUUCUCCAUCUCAACCCAAGAACUCCUCAUCGACGCCGCCAUCGCCGCGGGCGUCAAACGCUUCCUCCCCAGCGAAUUCGGCUCCGACGUCUCCAUCCCCGCCCUGAGAGCAAUGCCAAUGUACAAGGACAAGAUCGAAAUCGACGAGUACCUCCGCUCGAGAUGUGCGGAGCAAGGCGUGCACAUGACGUGGACGGCGGUGUAUUGUUCCUGUUUUCUGGAUUGGGGUAUCGAUAACAAAUUUUACCUCAAUCUUCAGGAGAAGAAGUGUACGUUGUAUGAUGGAGGUGAUUUCCCUACUGCGACAAGUCCGACGGAUUGGGUUGGUGAGGCUGUUGUCGGGGUGUUGAGGCAUGCAGAUGAGACGGCGAAUCGUGAAGUUAGGGUGAGUGGGAUUGAUAUUUCUCAGCGUGAGAUUCUCUCCAUCGCGCAGGAGGUUACUGGCGGCGCAGAGGGAUGGACAGUCACGGAAGCAAGCGCACAGUCGACGUACGACAAGUCUAUGGAGGUUUUCGAGAAGAAUCCUAGUAAUGUCUGGGGCUGGGUGAUGGGAAUGCUGGUGCAGGGAAUUUUCGGAAAGGGUUUCACGAGGGAUUUUGGUGGUAAGACGGAUAAUGAGCUGUUGGGGUUGAGAAGGGUGAAGAAGGAGCAGGUCAGGGAAUAUCUGGAGAGAGCGGUGCGGACGGGCAAGGCUUCGAAGACUUUCUAA